AUGGGAAUCAGGGACAUUCCGCACAGAGGCACACGUUAUACCUGGUGCAACAGUCAUACAACCGACCCUUUGUCCAUCAAGCUGGAUUGGGCAAUGGGCAACGUGGUUUGGAGAGAGGAGUUCCCGUCGGUCUAUGCCGAAUUUGCCUCACAAGGGCCUUCCGAUCACAGCCCCUGCAUCAUACACUACCCACCAUCGCCAAACCAGCAUCCACUCAAAGCUCUUAAUGCUUCGAAUUUCUCUCAGCUCAGCAAAAGAGUGAAAGAAGCAACAGAGGCCUUGGCGAGAUUGCAGGAACGAAAUCUGUCCAACCCAUCAGUAGAACAGAUUCUGGAGGAAAGAUCUUUGAGGGCCAAAAUGAUGAUCUUAGUCACUACAGAGGAGAGAUUCUACAGGCAAAACCAAGGUCAGAGGAUCAGCUCACCAGAAUUGAUCAGAGCCCAUGCAAUUGACUAUUACUCAAGCAUGCUUGGGGAAAGGGAUGGAAACAUCAGAACGCCGGCUAUAGAAUGGUUACAGGACCUGAUCGAGUUCAGAUACCAGUCUGAAAACUAUGAGGAAUUAGUCAAAAUUCCCACUGAAGAGGACAUCAAACAGGUGAUCUUUUUGUUUCCGGACAACAAGGCACCGGGACCGGAUGGGUACCCUAAGGAGUUCUUUACAUCAGCUUGA